AUGUUGAACCUGACGGAAGAUCCAAAGCUGGACUCAACAUCUUCCAACGAGAUAUCCAUACAAAAUAUAUCAGUUUCCGAUCAUAUCAAUGGCUUUCAAUACACAGCCGAUAAUAAAUCCGAUAGCUUUGUUCUCGACUUGGAAGGUUUCUCUCAUGGAGGAUCCAAUAAAGAAAUCACUCAGAAUUCAAGAUUUACAAGAAGUCUUUCUCGUAAAGGGUCUCAGAGUGGAGGGGAUAAGAAGAUUAUAAGUUACAGUUGUACAAAUUCAUAUUGUAAAUCCUCUCUCAAUGAUAAAGAUGCUUUUGUUGCCACCUCCCCGAGAGGGUCUAGCACGGCUGAAAAGCCGGUGACGGCCACUGUAGUGUCAACUGAUAUGGCCAAAAAUCCGCUAGUUCAUCAUCAGAUCACCAUUACAACUGGCAAUACCACCGCUGCAACCGAGAGCAGAUUCAAUCUCCGGAGAAACAAUUCCCGACGAUAUGCUUCCCCAUGGAUUUUCGAUCCCAAAAGGAUUAUCUUUCUCUUUACCACACUAUCGAGCAUAGGAACGAUUUUGCUGAUAUAUUUCACAUUGUCGAUUUACAAAACGAAUGGAGAUGGGGAUGCUUUCGAUUAGGACGUAGCCGGGGACUGUACUCACCAACUUACUGCUAACUAAAAGCAACAUUGCAGCAUGACAUACACAUGGCAGCUGAAACCGAAAACCGAUGGGAGUGAUUGAGAAUGAAAAGGAAGG